AUGGGUGAUUUCAACGCCACUCUUCACUCUCAUGAAAAGCGAGGCCUAGGGAACUUUAGUCUAGGCUCUGCAGCGGAGUUUGGAGCCAUGGUAGAUGCUUGCUCCAUGUCUCAAGUUCCCUCGAUUGGUAGAAAAUUCACUUGGACAAACAAUCGAUGCAGUGGAAAUGUUUGUUCGAUUUUGGACAGAAGUUUCUGUAACGAAGAAUGGCUUGAUAGUUUUCAGAACUGUUCCCAAUAUGUUCUUCAACGUAUUGGUUCUGAUCAUGCCCCAUUGCUUCUUAUGUCUGAAUAUAGUCAGAGGCCUCAGAAUUGCCCAUUUAGAUUUCACCGAUUUUGGAUGGAUCAUGACGACUUCGAUAGAGUGGUGGCGGAUUCUUGGUCGGAAUGGAUUUCGGGAGCUCCUAUCUAUGUCCUUGUCAAUAAGCUUAAAAAGCUUAAGGGUGUGAUUGGAGACUGGGCAAGGUUUGUUUUUCCUCACCUGGAUAGGGCGCUGGAAGAGGCAAAGAGGGAUCUAGCUCAAAUUCAGGAGCAGAUUGAUAUACAAGGUAUGGAUGAUCAGUUGUUUGCCUUGGAGGCUGAGGCUAAGACUACCCUGAUUAAGCAUGAGGAAUUACUGGAUAACAUUCCCUUGAUCUUGAACCAAGCUGAUCAUUACCACUUGGAUGCCCUUCUUGGUGAUGCAGAGAUUAAAAGGGCUGUGUGGGAGCUUGAUCCGAACAGCUCGCCAGGUCCUGAUGGCUUCCUUGGGGCUUUCUUCAGAAGAUGCUGGCACAUUGUGGAAAAAGAAGUGAGCAAUGCGGUCAGAUAUUUUUUCAGCUCAAGCUACAUGCUGCAGGGUGUGAACAAUAAUUUCCUUGUGCUGAUCCCAAAGGUUGAUGGGGCUGAUAACCUAGGUAACUUCUGGCCCCUAUGCAUGGGAAACUUCUUCGGCAAAAUUAUUACAAAGGUGAUGGCAUUGAUGUUGGAGCCUCUUCUUCCCAGAUUAAUAUCUGAUGAGCAAGUCGCUUUCCAAAAAGGAAAGAUUAUCCAUGAUAAUAUUAUUGUUGCUUCAGAGCUUGCGAACUUGAUGUUCUCAUCCACCAAAGGAGGGGGUAUCGGCAUAAAAAUCGACAUCAGAAAAGGCUAUGACACAAUUUACUGGAAGUUUAUCUUUCAGGUUAUGCAUAGAUUUGGUUUCUCUGAGAGAUGGAUUGGCUGGCUCAACAAAAUUCUAAUGUCUUCUAAGAUAUCAAUUCUAGUUAAUGGAGGACCACAAGGUUUUUUUAAUGUGGAACGAGGCCUGAGACAAAGUGAUCCGCUUUCGCCGAUGCUGUUUAUAAUUGCAGAAGAAGUUCUAUCUCGGGGAUUGAAGGGGCUAAUCCAGUCGAACCAAAUAAAGCCAAUCCAGGGCCUAAGAGGCGCUGAAACCCCAGGGCACAUCUUGUUCGCGGAUGACAUCUUUAUAUUCACCAAUGCUUCCCAGAGUGUGAAGAAGCGCCUUGCAGGGUGGAAGGGUAAGCUUCUUUCAAUGGCGAGAAGAACAGAACUAGUCAGAUCUGUGAUCUCUAGCAUCCCUACUCACAAUUUUGCUGUAUACUGGUGGCCCUCAUCUCUUCUAGCUACUAUGGAGAGAUGGAUGCGAAAAUUUAUAUGGACAGGGGAGGUGAAAAGUACGAGAGCAAUUACAGUGAAGUGGAAUACUCUGUGCAAGCCCAAAGAUGAAGGGAGCCUAGGGAUCAGGAAGCUAAGAGACUCAAAUAAAGCUAUGCUGUGUAAAAUGGUUUGGAGAAUUAAACAUGGGAAAUCGAACGCUAGCUCUUUCCUUCGUGCAAGAUUUGUUAAGAAGGAUGGUAAAUUUUCCAAGGGAAGCAGGCCUUCAUCAAUUGCCUUGGGGAUUCGGAAGUCAUGGGACUUUGUGUCAGAGUAUGAGAGGUGGGUUAUUGGCAACGGCAAUUUGACAAACUUCUGGAAGGAUAAAUGGUGGGGACCUAAAUCUCUGAUGGAGUAG